AUGCAUCGUCAACAUAAUGCUUCUAAUAAUCAUUCUCGAGGUUCUUCAAGUACUAAUCUUUCGGGACAAAAUCAACAUAUGUGGUUCAACGAAGGUUCUCAGGGUAUUUCUACUGGCAUGCCAUGGAUGCCUAUACCAAACCAGAAUCUGCCUCAACCUCCUGGGCUUGGAUCAUCAGGUGUGAUGAACAGCUGUCUGUAUGAACAGUUGCCUCAUUUGGACGUGACACAUACACAUCAGAAUUCAUCUCAAGAUUCAUCAUCUGCUCGGCUGAUGGGUAUUUUGAAACUCCCAAGUGGUAAGGACUACGUGCAUUUCCUGAAUUCUUGA